GAGUCCCUGUUAUUGAAAAUAGAGAGCUCCAACUUUUCAAACAUGAAUGUCUAUAGAUACUUUGUGAGUAAACCUAAAUUGUAAAAAUAUACAUUUUGUUUUUUAUGUAGGAAAAGGACAAGCGAGCGGCAUUUCAGAAAGUCUGCAAGAACUUCAGACCUGUCAUGCACUACUUUUUCUUGGAGAGAUUCUUCCGACCUGCUGAUUGGUUUGAGAAGAGACUCUCUUACUCACGAAGUGUGGCAGCUAGUUCAAUGGUUGGUUACAUCGUUGGACUUGGAGAUCGACAUUCAAUGAAUAUUCUCAUUGAUCAAGCCACUGCAGAAGUAGUUCACAUUGAUCUUGGUGUUGCCUUUGAGCAGGGUCUAAUGCUCAAAACACCAGAGCGGGUUCCAUUUAGGCUUACAAGAGACAUCAUAGAUGGUAUGGGAGUCACUGGUGUGGAGGGUGUUUUCAGAAGAUGUUGCGAGGAAACUCUCUCUGUUAUGAGGGCAAAUAAGGAAGCACUGCUUACUAUCAUUGAAGUUUUUAUCCAUGACCCACUUUAUAAAUGGGCUCUCUCCCCUCUGAAGGCUUUGCAGCGUCAAAAGGAAACAGACGAUGUUAUUGACUCAAGUUUGCAAGAGUCACAAGAUGUAUAUGAAGGGAACAAGGAUGCAGCACGUGCAUUGAUGCGUGUCAAACAAAAGCUAGAUGGGUAUGAAGAGGGUGAAAUGAGAAGUGUGCAUGGUCAGGUCCAACAACUUAUCCAAGAUGCCAUUGAUCCUGAACGUUUGUGUCAAUUGUUUCCUGGAUGGGGAGCUUGGUUGUGAUGACUAGCUUUACCAGCUAUGGCAGCUCUGGCACCCUAUACACAGUGUACAGGCGAGCUUCCUGUGGGGGAAUGUCUAUUCUUUUCUUUUCCCUCCCAAUUUUGUCAUUUGAGUCUGUAUUGGAUGUUGUUGCUGCCACGUAUUAUGAGAGAUUUUAUAUUCUCUGUAUGUGCUAAUGAUGGAUUCGGGAUAUCAAAAGAUUCCCCCCCCCCCCCCCAAAAAAAGAGAAA